AUGGGAAAUAAACAAAGUAUAUUUACUGAAGAGCAGCUAGAUGAAUAUCAGGAUUGUACUGUCUUCUCAAGGAAAGAAAUUAUGAGAUUAUAUCAUAGAUUCCGUGCACUGGUACCACAGAAUGUCCCUUGGCAAUUCAAUGAUAUUAAAGAUAUCAAGCUGCCACUGCAACUCAUCAGCAAGAUGCCAGAACUGAAGGAAAACCCCUUUCAUCAAGAGAUACUUAAAGUGUUUUCAGAUGAGCAGGGCGUCAUGACAUUUAAUGAGUUUCUAAAUAUGUUCUCUGCUUUAAGUGACAUGGCGCCUAACAGUUUAAAGGCAUAUUAUGCAUUUAAAAUUUACGACUUCAACCACGAUAACUUCAUUUGCCAGUCUGACCUGGAGGUAAUGCUCAACAAGCUUAUGGGCAAGGAGCUGUCAGAUGAAGAACUUCAGUUGGUAUGCAACAAAGUCGUGGAGGAAGGAGACCUGGAUGGUGAUGGGAAACUGUCUUUAGCUGACUUUGAAUACAUGAUCACCCGUGCCCCAGAUUUUGUGAGCACUUUUCACAUUAGGAUCUGAAGAGCUUAAGUACAUGAGAGGCUGCCACACAAUAAAACCUUUACUUCUAAUGCUACUCUGC